GCUGAGCCGGCCGCCGCCCGUGAUUGGUGGAGGCGGAAGGAGGCUGGGCGCUCGGGGCUGCCUUUUCUUUGGCCUGAAACUUUCGAUUUCCUGCGCAGAGUCUGCGGAGGGGCUCGGCUGCACCCGGGGAUCACACCUGUCAGACCCCAGACCUAGCGGAGGCGACCCGGCGCCCCGAGAGAGUCUGCACCGCCGCGCCCCCGCCUACCUCUUGCGGAUCCUGCGCGCACAAAAGUUUCAUUUGCCGUGUGCCAUCUUCGAGAGCUGUCUAGGUUAGACGCUCCCACCGUGUGCAUGCAAUCUCUACAGUCUUGGCACCUAACGUGCUGUGGGUAGCUGCUGCUUUGGUUAAACCUCUAACCCCUCACUCGGUCACAAGGUGACAGGAUGUCUCAGUGGUACAAACUUCAGCAACUUGACUCCAAAUUCCUGGAGCAGGUUCACCAGCUUUAUGAUGACAAUUUUCCCAUGGAAAUCAGACAAUACCUAGCACAGUGGCUAGAAAAGCAAGACUGGGAACACGCUGCCAAUGAUGUUUCAUUUGCCACCAUCCGUUUUCACGACCUCCUAUCACAGCUGGAUGAUCAAUAUAGUCGCUUUUCUCUGGAGAAUAAUUUUUUGUUGCAGCAUAACAUAAGGAAAAGCAAGCGUAAUCUUCAGGAUAAUUUUCAGGAAGACCCAAUCCUGAUGUCUAUGAUCAUCUGUAACUGUCUGAAGGAGGAGAGGAAGAUUUUGGAAAAUGCCCAGAGAUUUAAUCAGGCUCAGUCGGGGAAUAUUCAGAGCACUGUGAUGUUGGACAAACAGAAGGAGCUCGACAGCAAAGUCAGGAACGUGAAGGACAAAGUUAUGUGUAUAGAACAUGAAAUCAAGAGCCUAGAAGAUUUACAAGAUGAAUAUGACUUUAAAUGCAAAACCUUGCAGAACAGAGAACAUGAAACCAAUGGUGUGGCAAAGAAUGAACAGAAACAAGAACAGCUCUUAAUCCAGAAGAUGUAUUUAAUGCUUGACAAUAAAAGAAAGGAAGUAGUUCACAAAAUAAUAGAGUUGUUGAACAUCACUGAACUUACCCAGAAUGCCCUGAUCAACAACGAGCUGGUGGAGUGGAAGCAGAGACAGCAGAGCGCCUGUAUUGGGGGCCCGCCCAACACUUGCCUCGAUCAGCUCCAGAACUGGUUCACCAUAGUUGCAGAGAGUCUGCAGCAAGUUCGUCAGCAGCUUAAAAAGCUGGAGGAACUGGAACAGAAAUACACCUACGAUCAUGACCCUAUCACAAAAAACAAGCAAGUGUUAUGGGACCGCACCUUCAGCCUGUUCCAGCAGCUCAUUCAGAGCUCGUUUGUGGUGGAGAGACAGCCUUGCAUGCCUACUCACCCUCAGAGGCCGUUGGUCUUGAAGACCGGGGUGCAGUUCACCGUGAAGUUGAGAUUGUUGGUGAAAUUGCAAGAGCUGAAUUAUAACUUGAAGGUCAAAGUCUUAUUUGAUAAAGAUGUGAAUGAGAGAAAUACAGUAAAAGGGUUUAGAAAGUUCAACAUCUUGGGCACUCACACGAAAGUGAUGAACAUGGAGGAGUCCACCAAUGGAAGCCUGGCGGCCGAAUUUCGACACCUGCAACUGAAAGAACAGAAAAAUGCUGGCACGAGAACUAACGAGGGUCCUCUCAUUGUUACUGAAGAGCUUCACUCCCUUAGUUUUGAAACCCAGUUGUGCCAGCCUGGUUUGGUAAUUGAUCUCGAGACGACCUCUCUGCCCGUCGUGGUGAUCUCCAACGUCAGCCAGCUCCCGAGUGGCUGGGCCUCCAUCCUGUGGUACAACAUGCUGGUGGCAGAACCCAGGAAUCUGUCCUUCUUCCUGAACCCACCGUGUGCACGAUGGUCUCAGCUUUCAGAGGUGCUGAGUUGGCAGUUUUCUUCUGUCACCAAGAGAGGUCUCAAUGUGGACCAGCUGAGCAUGUUGGGAGAGAAGCUUCUUGGUCCUAACGCCGGCCUUGAUGGUCUUAUUCCAUGGACGAGGUUUUGUAAGGAAAAUAUAAAUGAUAAAAAUUUUUCCUUCUGGCUGUGGAUUGAAAACAUCCUAGAGCUCAUUAAAAAACACCUGCUCUCUCUCUGGAAUGAUGGGUGCAUCAUGGGCUUCAUCAGCAAGGAGCGGGAGCGCGCUCUGCUGAUGGACCAGCAGUCGGGGACGUUCCUGCUGCGCUUCAGCGAGAGCUGCCGGGAAGGCGCCAUCACCUUCACGUGGGUGGAGCGCUCCCAGAACGGAGGCGAACCUCACAUCCAUGCGGUUGAACCCUACACGAAGAAAGAACUUUCUGCUGUUACUUUCCCUGAUAUCAUUCGCAAUUACAAAGUCAUGGCGGCUGAGAACAUUCCAGAGAAUCCCCUGAAGUAUCUGUAUCCGAAUAUUGACAAAGACCAUGCCUUUGGGAAGUACUACUCCAGGCCAAAGGAAGCACCAGAACCCAUGGAACUUGAUGGCCCUAAAGGAACUGGAUACAUCAAGACUGAGUUGAUUUCUGUGUCUGAAGUUCACCCUUCUAGACUCCAGACCACAGACAAUCUGCUCCCAAUGUCUCCCGAGGAGUUUGAUGAGGUGUCUCGGAUAGUGGGCGCCGUGGAGUUCGACAGUAUGAUGAAUGCAGUAUAGAGCAUGAAUUUUUCUCAUCUUCUCUGGUGACAGCUUUCCUUCCCAUCUGUGAUUCCCUCCUGCUACUCUGUUCCCUCACAUCCUAUGUUUCUAGGGAAAUGAAAGAAAGGCCAACAAAUUUGCUGCAACCUGUUGAUAGCACGUGAAUUUUUCUCUAACUCAGAAACAUCUGUUACUCUGAAGGGCAUCAUGCAUCUUAUUGAAGGUAAAACUGAAAGGCAUUCUCCACAGAGUGGGUUUUGCAAAAGAAAAACAUUCAGAUACACCCAAAGCAUCAGGACUAGAAUGAGAGUGCUUUAGGAGAGGUGAGAAGUUUAGCAGCAUCUAGCAAAUGCCAUGCAUAAAGUCAGUGCCCAGCUGUUACAGGUUUUUGGAUAGAUCAACGGUUAUUUAGGGAACUUCUUAAUGUAGGAAUGGGAAAUUUGUAUUUGGGAGAACUCUUAUAUCUUCUGUCUGCUUUAAAUGUGGCCAGAAGUUUUGCAUUGCUUUAACUAUGAAAUAGUUCAAAGCCAAGAUUAUAUAAAUUAUACCAACCCUUUAUCAAAGGUAGCCAUCCUGCGUCUGGUAAGGGAGAAAAGUUGUGUAUUUUAUCACAUCUUCCACAUUGGCCAUUUAAAACUAAAGACAAAUUCUCUCUCUCUUGAGAGAAUUAACUUUUCUGUUUGUUAUGGCUUAAAGAAGAAAGUACGUUUUCCAAAUUCACUAGUGGUGUUUUCUGUUUAAACUUCAGUAUCCAAAGCUGAAGAUUUUCUGCUUUCAUCUUGGUCACUAGUACAUAAAAUUAUUUUGGCUCUAUCAAGGGAGCCAGGCUAUUCACAAUAGCUUGCUCAAGGCAAGUCAUCUUAUUUUUUUAAAAGUCGAAAUUAGUCAUCGAUGUUGAUAAACUCAGAAAUUUAAUUCAUGUGUCUUAAAUGGGCUAAUUUGUCAUUAUUGUUAUUAGCUGGUAUUUAGUCUAUUAGCCAUAAAAUUGGGAAAGAAGGAGUAGAAAAUGUAGUAACUUGACAGCUCAAAUCAUUAACCAGAGAUAAUUUGAGAAUCAGAUUAUUUCAAAACUCAUGUCUUAUGUAACUGCAUUGAGAACUGCAUAUUUUUCACUGAUAAAUGUGUUUUUCUGACAAUACAUUUGCAAACGGUUCCACUA